AUGUCGGUGAUUCUGGAGACAUCGCUGGGAGACAUCACGAUUGAUCUAUAUGUAGAACAACGUCCUAGAUGCUGUCUAAAUUUUUUAAAGCUAUGUAAACUGAAAAAAUUUAACUACAACUUAAUUCACACCAGAAAUUUCGUUGCUCAAACCGGAGAUCCAACAGGAACUGGUCGAGGUGGCGAGUCAGUGUUCAAAUGUUUAUACGGAGAUCAAGCCACUUACUUUGAGGCCGAGACAAAGCCUCGUAUAAAACACACAAAAUUAGGAUUAGUUUCUAUGAUUAACGAUGGCAAUGGCAGACAUGGAUCUCAAUUUCUGAUAACUCUGACGGAGGAUACAGAUUAUUUGGACACACAAAAUCACACUGUGUUUGGUGAGGUGGUCGAGGGUUUUGAUGUUCUUGAAAAGUUGAACAACACAAUCACCGACAAGGACAACAAACCUUACAAACAUAUAAGGAUAUUUCACACGGUGGUCAUUGAUGACCCUUUGGACGAUCCAGAUGGAUUGCUUGAAUAUAUUCCGCAGAGAUCACCAACUCCAUUGAAAGAACAGUUGGAUGAUUGCAGAAUUGACGUGGAUGAAGAGGUCGAUGAUGAGAAAGGUUUGAAAGCAGAAGAAAUUGAAGAGAGGUACAAGGAAAGGGAAGCAAAUGCCAACGCUCAAAUAUUAGAGAUGGUUGGUGACAUACCGUUCGCAGACGUGAAGCCGCCUGAUAAUGUUUUGUUUGUCUGCAAGCUGAAUCCCGUUACCACAGAGGAAGACUUGGAAGUUAUAUUUUCUAGAUUUGGACCAAUAACUAGCUGUGAAGUUAUCAAAGAUUAUAAAACCCAAGAAUCCUUACAGUAUGCCUUCAUCGAAUUUCAGAACACUGAAGAUUGUGAAAAAGCUUAUUUCAAGAUGGACAACGUUUUAAUUGAUGAUAGGAGGAUACACGUGGAUUUCAGUCAGUCAGUCAGCAAAAUUAAAUGGAUCAAAAAAGGUUUGUCAGUCUAUAGGAACCGAGCACAAAUUAUGCUGAGUCCGAUUAUUUCAACUGUAUAA